AUGACACGUCCGUUCCUUUCUUUUUCAAAAUGAUACGUCAUCCUUUUUUAUUGCAGGACUUGCUGCAGGUGACUACAUCGAAUGACGGUCAUCCAUUUCCAAGAAGUGUUUCUCGAAUGCUGCAAAACUUGUCGGUUAGCGACCUGAGCAAUCGUGAAAAGAGAAAAAAAAAAAACGCGUCUUCGUUUAUUGCCGACGAGUUUUCUUGAAACUUUUGCAGCAAAGAGCGUCAUUCGCUGUCCAGCUCUGCUGCAAGGUAGCAUCAACAGCCGCCAUGAAGUUGGUAACAGUUUAUCUUCUAUCGCUCUUCGCUUUCUUCGUUAUCAUCUCUGCAUCUCCGGACGAUACGGACGACGAAGAAAUGGUCAGAUUCAAAGAAUUCAAGAGACGGAACAAGAAAAGGUACAACGGCCCGUUGGAGAGAGUCCAUUUCAAACGCUGGAAGAAGAGGAGGGCUGCCAUCCGGCGGCAUAACAAUGGCACCACAUCCGGUCGGAGAAGCUCAUUCCGUAUGGCUGACAAUCUAUUCGCAGACCAAAGCGAAGAGGAAUGGGAGACGUACCUUUUAGGAGUCACCAUACCGGAAGAAUUCAUCGCCAAUCAAGAGGAAGUGAGUGAGCAAGUUGAAACGACGACCGUUGACACUGAGAUCGGUGGCAAUCUGGUGGCCGAGAUAAUCGAGGCGGACGACCGUCAAACUGCCCCUUCGCUCGACUUGCGCAAAAAUCCGUGCAUGCCGCCCGUCAAAUUCCAGUCUCCGUGCGGCGGAUGUUGGGCUUUCAUCGCCACUACGGCCGUCGAAUAUCAGACAUGCACGAGCAGAACAAACAGAACUGCUUUAACACUGAGUGAACAACAGCUGAUCGACUGCAGCGGAAGCUACGGCACCAAAGGAUGUAACGGUGGCUUUUACUCGCAGGCGUGGGACUAUAUCAUGGCCAUAGGUGGACUUGCAACGAAUGUCACUUAUCCUUACAGAGCAGCGGCUGGCACAUGCCAGUUUACUAAAGGAAUCACACCAACGGCAGGAAGGGUGUCCAGGUAUGCGUACCUGGCCAAAAACGAAACGACCAUAUUGAAUGCAUUGCGAAGAGGUCCAGUCGCAGUGUCCAUCGUAGCCAAUACGAAAUUCAUCCUUAAUAGUUCAGGAAUUUUUGACGACGAGACGUGCAAGAGUGGAACACUCAAUCAUGGCGCCGUCCUAGUCGGUUACGGAAGAGCGAACGGAACAGAUUACUGGAUAGUCCGCAAUUCGUGGGGAACAUCUUGGGGUCAAAACGGCUACAUAUUCAUGAAACGUAACGUCAAUAUGUGUCGAUUAGCCGAAUACGCUUUCCUUGCCACCGUCUAAUUAACGCGCAUCCCGCACCCGUUGAUGCCAUCGUGAUGUGCCACUUUGUUUUCCCGGGGUUUCGCCCUUCUGCGAUAUAUACCGAACUGCUUUUGUGGGGCUGGCCCAAGUGACUGUAGGUCGAAUAUUCAAUUGUUCCACGACCGUGUUUCUGUUUUUCUAAUUGUUGUUUCGAUUGUCUUUUAUUUGUGAACGAAACUGCCAUUGUUCUUUUCUCACCUGAUCGUAAUGCAGCACAAUAAGGCAUAAACGUGACUUUCUAAUGUUCCCUAUAACCUGUCAGCCUUGGUGGUUACCGUUGGCUUUUGUAACGUGUAGUGGUUAGCAACAAUUUUUCGAGGGGGUCAAUAAACACACGACUUUGGUGUGCGACACGGUUCA